GACAGCAGCUGCGUUCGGAGCGACCUGCACGCACACCGCCUUCGACAAUCGCCCCGCAACCUCCGAACCGGACCGGACCUAGGACAGGCGGCGAACCGGGACCGACCGUGGAAAUUGGAAUCACGCGUCGCUGACGGUGGUGGUGAAACCAUGGGCGUGGUUCCUGGCUGGCAUCGCGGGCUGGGUCAGUAUGCCGGGAGUGUCCAGCGCGGGGAGACGGAGUGAGCGGAGCGUGAUGGGCAGUGUGGGCAGUGGUGUCGCAGGCGAGCAGGAGUUCGCUAUGAAGAGCGUGGGCACACGCACCACCCUCCCACGAGCCCCGCCCCCGUCCCGCCGCGGCCCCGCCCACCGCAGCUGCAGCAGCGAGCGCCCCGCCCCGGCCCCCGCCCCCGCCCCGCCCUCUGAGGUCACGGAGGGCGGGGCCUCCGGCGACGGGCGGAGCUGCGGCACCGACCGACCCCAGCUCGCCUCUGACUCCGCCUCCUCCGCCGUCUCCAACGGCGACCGGCUGCCGUUGUCAAACGCGGCUUUUCUGAACGGGGCGGGGCGAAGGGAGGGGCCACGGGGGGGCAUGCCCGUGGACGUCUGCGGAAACAACGUGGUCCUCAGCAGUGAGAAGACCAGCGGGGGAGGCGGCGUUGGCCCCGUCACACAGUACAGGGAGGGCCCUCCAGUGGCCAAAACCGACAAUCACAACCCUCCCAAACUCCUGCCCGUGUCCGGGAAACUGGAGCAGAACAAUGCUGGAUUAGUGCGUCCGUCUGCCUUUAAGCCCGUGGUCCCCAAGAGCUUCCACUCCAUGCAGAACCUGGUGGGGCAAAGUGGGGGCGCAGCUGGAGGGGGGCGCAGCGUAGCGGGGGCCGGGGCCGGUGCUGGAGGCGGGGCCGGGAGUGGGGCUCCCCCGGCGCCUGGGGCCCACAGGGAGCAGGACAGCCCUGGGGGGGGCGGGGGCAGCAGUGCAGGUGGCGGAGGGGGCCAGGGGGGCCUGUCGGACUCCGGGAGGAACAGCCUUACCAGCCUACCCACCUACUCAGGCUCGGGUUCGGGGUACGCGCCCCCGCACGCCCUGCCCCCCCUCAGCGCCUCCACCAGUCACAUCAACCGGCUGGGCACGGCGGCCGCGCCCCUGGAGAAACCGGGGUACCAGAAUGGGCUGAGCGCCUCAGACAGCGGACGCUCCUCGUCGGGGAAGAGCUCCUCCUCCUACCAGAGGCUCAGCCACCUGGGCGACGCCCCGCUGCCACUGCGCCCCUCCCCGUCUUCCGAUGACGUCAUCCAGGACCUGGAGGACCGCCUGUGGGAGAAAGAGCAAGAGGUGCUGCACAUGCGGCGGAACCUGGACCAGAGCGAGGCGGCCAUCGUGCAGGUGUUCGAGGAGAAGCAGCGCGUGUGGGAGCGCGACAUGGAGGAGCUGCGGCAAAACUACGCCGCGCGGCUGCAGCAGGUCUCCCGGCGCGCCCAGCGCAUGCAGCAGGCCCUGCAGGCCCAGAUCGCACGGCUGCAGCAGGACAAACGCCGCCUGCAGGACGAGAUCGCCACCCUGCUGGCCCACCGCGAGGAGCUGGAGCGCAAGUGCCUGGACUACAGGAAGGAGCAGGCCGACAUCCUGCCCCGCCUGGAGGAGACCAAGUGGGAGGUGUGUCAGAAGGCGGGGGAGAUCUCCCUGCUGAAGCAGCAGCUGAGGGAGAGCCAGGCAGAGGUGACGCAGCGGGCGGGGGAGAUGGUGGCCCUGCGGGGCCAGCUGAAGGAGGUGGCGGCUCAGCUGCGUGAGAGGGAGGAGCUGGUGCUGGGCCUCAAGGACUCCUACAGCAACAAGAGCCUGAAGCUGGAGCACUGCCAGGGAGAGCUGAAGAGAACCCUGACAGAGGUGUCUCUCCUGAGGGACAAGUUGGGCGGCUUCGAGACAGAGGUGAUGGGAUUGAAGCAGGCCCUGGGAGAGCUGAGUGGUGGCAGGGCGGGGGGCGAUGGGGGCGGUGCUCGAGGCGGGGCCUGGAGUGAGCUGUCCUCCCCCAGCAGCUCCUCGGCCAGCACCCCCCAGGCCUCGCAGGACACCCUCCUGAGCCUGCAGAGCGACGAGGCCAAGGCCCAGAGGCAGGAGUCGGGGGAGCUGCGGCGGCAGCUGGAGCUCCUGCAGGGCGAGCUGCGUCUGGAGCGGCAGCAGCGGCAGAAGCAGUCGCUCACCUUCGCGCAGGAGCGGCACAUCUGGCAGGAUGAGAAGGAGCGGGUGCUGCAGUACCAGGCGCAGCUGCAGCUGAGCUACGUGGAGACGCUGCAGAGGAACCAGGCCCUGGAGCUGCGCAUGGGCCAGCUCCACGAGAAGCUCGUCUCCACCUCCCCCGCCUCUCCGCCCCCACCCUCGCUCUCCGUGCCCCUCUGCCUCACCCUCUCCCCACCUCCCCCUAUCGAGGAGGAGAAGCCCUCCGACCCCGACCCCACGCUCAACCAGCUGGCCCCGCCCUGGCCUGCCCACUCCCGCCUUGAGAGGAUCGAGUCCACGGAAAUAUGACUGAGAUCUCACCAUCGCAUGUCAGUACACACAGUCCUCUCCACUCAAGAUAAACCCCCCC